AUGAUCCUCGGACCCAUUUCGUACCUGGACUGCCUCGUCUUUUGCAUCCUUCUGGCGCCGCAGCUCCUCAUUCACGUGGGCCUCUUUGGGACCGUGGCCACGGCGCUACAAUGUCUCCCGUUUCUAUUGUUCCGCCUACCCUAUGGAUUCCUCCGCGACCGCCUCGUGGUCCCGCACGCGCAGAGGAGCCCCUUUGUGCAGGUCGCCAGCCCAUUCGAGGACUUUGUCAUUCGCUGCGUGCGGUACGCGUUUGCCAAUGUGUCGCCCAGGGUCGGCAGGGUUUUCUUCUCCAAGGCGGUGGCGCUGCCGUUUAUGAGGUUUCGCAUGUUGAGACAUGGGAUUGUCAGGAAACCGGUGCAUUGGCAUGAACAUGUUGAUAAACGAUUCAAGGGCGUCUGGUUGAUCAAGGAUCCAUUAAAGAAACCAGAUGUUUGCAUAUAUUAUGCUCAUGGUGGCGGCUUCAGCAUGGGAUCCUCCUACUUUUACCUCGAAUAUCUCUUGGCAUGGUUAAGCAUGAUGGGCGAAAGCGGCUUCGACAACCCGGCUGUAUUCGCCUUGGAAUACACGUUGGUUCCCGACGGCACAUUUCCGAAACAGCUCCACGAAGCCAUCGCCGGCUACGAUCAUGUCGUUUCGACAGUAGGCGACGCUUCCAAAAUUUGCAUCAGUGGCGACAGCGCGGGUGCCACGGUGCAGAUGAGCCUUCUCCUGCAUAUAGCCAACCGGGAGUACGAUCAGAGCAAGAUGAAUGAGAGCGGUUCCUGGCAGCUUCCCAAGCCGGGAAUGGCGGCCUUUAUAUCACCUUGGGUCACUCUGAUCUCUGAGAGGCAUCAAAAUACGGCCAGCGAUUACCUCGACAGUGGCAACCUGCAUCAGUAUGCGCGUGAAUAUGUCGGCAAGCAUGCAAGAGCAGACGAUCCAAUGAUAUCUCCAGGGAACUGCAGAGACGUGUCCUGGUGGAAGAGAGCUUGUCCCAAGGGAGGAAUGUACUUUGCCUAUGGCGCAGAAGAGGUGUUUGCGCCAGAGAUUGAGAGUUUGGUCGAGUUCCUGAAGAAGAACAAAGUGCCAGUCAGCAGCAAGGGCGAGCCCGGUGGGAUACACGCAUGGCCCGUGGCAGCACUGUUCCUGGCAAGUUCCACUGAGGAGAGACAAAAAGGCUUGAAGAGUGUUGUACAAUGCGUUCGUGAUUCACUGCCAACAUGA